AUGCAAUCACUACUAGGAGGUGCUGAAUGUGGGACAUCUUCAAAUCCAUUGAAACAGGUCGCAAACAGGGAAGGUGUUGAUAACAGUCUUUUCAAAGAUCGACUAGCACCUACUGCGGGUCCAAGCAAUCAUCCCAAUUCAGCUUUUCGACCAUCUCCUCAGAUUAUAAAUCAUCAAUCACCCUCAACUUCACUUCACGCCACCCCUCAUCCUUUCAACUUAUCUCAUCUUUCCGCGGCACUCGCCCAACCUCCCAUCUCUGCAACUCCUGCUCAGUUUGAUGGGCGAGCUUUUGAUGCUCAAUGGGAACAUGCUCGUGCCAAUGGUCAUUCGCCCAUCCCAAAUGCUAUACAAGCUAGACCUCAACCUUCCCCUGCCAUGCGGAUGAUGUCUCCUCCUCCAGCACAGAAUUCAGCUUGGUCAAAUGAUUUCCAAUCGUAUUCUCAAAGCAAAGGUAAAAGUAGAGCCGUACAAGCACCGAUGACACAUAUUCCACCAUCGAAUGAUCAGAAUGGAUAUCCCAAUCAUACUCCUCAAUAUGGGUAUCAACCAUCCUUUACUCCCAUGUAUCAAGGUAUGAUCCCACAACAACCACAGCUGCAACAACAGCCACAAUAUCAAAAUCAUGCAGAGGUGAGUCAAGAGCAGAUGGAAAACCUCUUCGCAAGAGCAGAAGAAGAUUAUAAAGCUGCUUCCGCCAAUAUCAGCGAUCUGGGCGAGCAGCAACGUGACAGCAAAGGAGAGGAGAGAGCAGAACCGAUGGUGGAAGAAUCAGGUGGAGUAGAAGAUAUGCUCCAGGAGCCGAAAGGUGACUUCGAAGCUGUCUGGGAAAGCUUGAGACCUGAAGCAGAGAGACUGAAUAAACUAGCAGAAUGGGAAAGCGAUUUCUCACAGUUCACCAACGAUCAAGAUGAUCUCUUCGAGACGUUGAAUGAGAGUCUGAACAGACCAGAAGUAGGACAAACAUCCCUUGAUGAGCAGAUGGAUAUCGGUAACUUGGCUGUGCCUGACGGAUUUGAUCACUUUAACCAGUAUGAUGGAAUAGGCAGAGAUGAUGGAAUUCCUCGAUCGAGAGGAUACGACUUUGCUUCCUCAAAUAUCCACGACUCUUCCAAUAUCGCUGCUCUGUGGGCAGCGGCCAAUCAUAUUCUGUCCGCUGGCGGAUCUCUCUCUGAAGCAGGUCUGAUGCUGGAAUCCUUCGUUCGUCGUUCUACAGCACAAGAGAGAGGAAUCCUCAAUGUCUCAGCGACUGAAGCUUGGUCUUUACUUGGAAGAGUACAUGCCAUGGAUGAAAAGGAAGAUCAAGCUUUGCGAGCUUUUGAAGAAGGUCGUAAGGUACUCGAACAAGAAGGCGUAAAAGGCAAGGAAGGGGUUGCGGGUGAAAUGCUGACUAACCUGGCAAUAUCAUAUGUCAACGAAUCCCUCGACCUCGCGGCACUGACAGUACUUCACCAAUACCUUUCCCUCGUGCAUCCCAAACAUGCAGGCGCCGCACCUUCUAGAUCCACGUUCUCCGAAACCAACGCUUCUCCGUGGGCCUUGCAUCAAUCAAUGGCGGAGCGAUUCCUGAACCUGGCAAGAGAGCAAUAUCGAUCUAAUCAAUCCGUUGAUCCUGACGUCCAGGUUGGUUUGGGGACUUUGUAUUAUAUGAUGGACAAUUACGAAGAGGCGAGAGGAUGUUGGACUGAAGCUUUAGGUGAAAGACCCGAUGACUAUUUGUUAUGGAAUCGACUGGGAGCGACUCUAGCGAAUGGUGGUAAUUCUGAAGAAGCUGUUGAUGCAUAUAGAAGGGCUCUGGAGCUGAAACCUACAUUCACAAGGGCUAUAUUCAAUCUGGGUGUUGCUUGUCUCAAUAUAGGAGUAUACAAAGAAGCUGCAGAGCAUUUAUUGGCUGCAUUAUCAAUGCAUCCCCCAGCGUCUCAAGCAGAUAGCGAUGUCUUAUCGUCAGACUCUUACAGUAUCUGGUCAACUCUUAGGAGAGCUCUGGUAGCUUUGGGUAUGAAUCAACUCGCCGGCAAUGCAGAACCAGGUACGGAUUUGGGUGUAUUUAGGGAGGCUGGAUUUGACUUUUAG